AUGAGAUGUGACAUAGCUGGGCACCAGGACUGGUCACGGUACAUCUGGUACAAAGACGAUAACUUGAUACCCAAUAAGAACAGCAAGACUAUCACCAUCUCUCUUCCUAAUGAAGCUGGCCAGUACACGUGUGAAGGCCGCUUAAAUGAUCGUCUAAUAUACUCUCACCAAGGUGGCCGUGUCCCUAUCAGUGCUACAGCUCUGCCCACAGCUACAGUGUCUGUAGUGUCUCCUCAGGGUCCAUACUACCCUGGAGAUCGAGUCACUCUCAGGUGUGACAUAGCAGAGCACACAGACUGGGAUAAGUAUUACUGGUAUAGAGACUCUUCUUAUAUUAGUACAGGACUAUAUCAGAGCAGCAGCAUCUCUCUACCUGAACAACCUGGGCAGUACCAGUUCACAUGUGAAGGACAAAGAAGCAGUAGACCAGAGAAAUCCCAACGCAGCAAACCUACAGCUUUCACAUUAACAGCUAUGCCUGUACCUACAGUGAAGAUCUCAAUGAACCCUGUGUACCAUGGAGAAGCAGUCACUCUGACUUGUGUCAUAGAGCCAUCAGCCCUUCCUACACCUACACUGGCCAUAAAUCCAGAGGGUCCUGUGUACACCGGAGAGACGGUCACUAUGACAUGUGUGAUAGAGUCUCUUGGUGGCUGGAGAUACCAAUGGUAUAAGGGGUCAAGCAGUGUCCCAGUGUCUGAGGGAAACAUCUUCACCAUUGACAGGGUGGCUAAGGAUCAGAAGGGCCAGUACUGGUGUCAAGGGGUGAGGACUGGCAGACCCACAACAUCACAAAGCACCAGGCGCAUUACCCUUGAUGUAAAAGAAUCAAAGCCCCAACUUACAUUAAGUCAGAACCUACAGCUAUUCACUGGAGACUCUGUCACUCUGACGUGUGAGUUGGACAUUAGCUCUGGUUUGUUGUUCUACUGGUACAAAGACACCCAGACUUCUACUCCGGUGGCCCAGACCAAUAGAAACUUCUACAUCAUCAACUCUGCUAAAGUGUCUGAUGGAGGACAGUACUGGUGCAGAGCUGGGAGAGGAGACCCAGUAUACUACACACAGUACAGCAAUGAGGUGCUGCUAAAUGUUACAGAGAAGGCCAAGGCUGUUGUGAGUGUCUCGUCACAGCCUUGGUUAACUGAAGGAGACUCUGUGAAACUUAGCUGUAAGGUGGAGGAGUCAUCUGGUGGCUGGAAAUUCAACUGGUCUAAAGUGUCAUACAAUCCAGAAGAGAGUCCUCAGAGCUAUCAACGUCUCCCAGACAGCAGCAGAGGAGCUGGAGGCUCCUACACUCUCAGCCCUGCUGCUCUCAGACACACAGGGGUCUAUGUGUGCAGAGCAGAGAGAGGAGAGCCUGCCUAUAAGACAGAGUUCAGCCAACCUCAGCCUGUCUGGAUCAGAGGAGUCUCCCCGAACGCUUCUGUAGUUAGCCAUCCAAACUGGGCCCAGAUCUUAACACGUGAGCCUCUGUCACUGAGCUGUGGGGCUCAGGGCAACUCCACUGGAUGGAGCCUGAUGUGGUUCACAGGCAGAGGAGGAGGGUCAGCAGGGUGUCCCACUGGCUGGAGAUCAGAAACUGGAUCCACCUGCAGCACCAGCUCAGCAUCUUCAUCAGACAGUGGAGUUUACUGGUGUCAAUCUGAGUCUGGAGAGCAGAGCAAUCCUGUCAACAUCACUGUGCACGAUGGUGAUGUGAUCCUGGAGAGUCCUGUCCAUCCUGUGAUGGAGGGAGAUCCUCUGACUCUGCGCUGUAGAUAUCGCGAUCAGCCAUCAAACAUCAGUGCUGACUUCUAUAAAGAUGGGACACUCCUCCACACCUCCAGGACAGGAGAGAUGACCAUCCCUGCAGUCUCAAAGUCACACGAGGGCCUCUACAAGUGCAACGACACAGAGAAAGGAGAGUCACCAGAGAGCUGGAUCACAGUGAUGCCGAAAAGCCCUCCAGCCUCAGUGGUGGUCAGGCCCAACAGGACCCAGCACUUCGUCUACAAGUCCCUGUCUCUGAGCUGCGAGACCGCAGGUAACUCAGAACCCCCUGUAGGCUGGAGGCUGCGUUGGUUCACGGAGGACCGCGGGGAGAUGACCGAGUGCCCAGCGGGCUGGCGGUCCGUGGUGGGCUCCACCUGCACCAUCGUCCACCCGCACACCUCCGACAGCGGGGUCUACUGGUGUCAGUCGGAGGCCGGGCUGCGCAGCAACCCUGUCAACGUCACCUUUCAUGAUACGGACGUGCUCCUGGAGAGCCCCGCCCACCCGGUGACCGAGGGCGAUCCGCUGACCCUGCACUGCCGCUACCGCAAGGCGCCCUCCAAGGCCACGGCCGACAUCUUCAAGGACGGCAUGCACCUGCAGCCCACCCUCACGGGCGAGCUGACCAUCCUGGCCGCGUCGCAGGCCCACGAGGGCCGCUACCGGUGCCGGCACGCCGAGCGCGGGGACUCGGCCGACAGCUGGGUCAGCGUGCGACCCCGAGAUAUGCCUACAGACACGCAUCUAAUGCUAUGGCUGCUGGUGGGCCUGUUCGUGUCUCUUGCCUUGCUCAUCCUGCUGGCUACGCUGUUAUAUCACUACAGAGUGUCUGGGGGAGGGAACGCUCCAGUCAACAGGCACGUGAUGACCAUCGUGGAGCAGCAGCUUUGGAGGCGGAGAAACAUGGCUUUGUAUGGUUUCGUGGUGAGAGGGGCCCAUGCUGGCCCCAGUGAGGUGGUCUACACUGACAUCGAACUGAAGGAGAUGGGCCGGAAGUGGUACGUGUCUGGAAAGGUCCAAACGAGGCCCCCUGGAGAUGUGACUUCAUUCAUUAUCAUCUGUGGGAAAACAGAAGCGGCCCCCACUGCGGUGUUAUCUUCAGUCUGUCAGCCUCCUUUCUACUCUGGCGAGUUUGUCACUCUGAGAUGUGACAUUAUGGACUACACCGACUGGCAUCUGUACGUGUGGUCGAGGGACAACAAGACCGGAUGGGGACGCCACGAAAUCUACAACGAGACCGGCUCCACGCUCACCGUCAAACUCCCACAUGAUGCCGCCUGGUACAGUUGCAGGGGCCAGAGGAACAGCGACCCACACGAAUCCUCUGAGAGUGUGGAGGUGCACGUUACAUACACAGAAAAGAAACCAACACCACGGAUCAGCGCGGACAGAAGAUCACCAGUGUUCACAGGAAACGACGUUACUCUAAGCUGCGACAUGGGUCAGUCUACUGGAUGGAGUUUCUACUGGUUCAGACACAAACCGAACUCUGCUCCUGUUGCCCAGACGGAUGGAAACUUCUACAGCAUCAGCUCUGCUAACGUGUCUGAUGGAGGACAGUACUGGUGCAGAGCUGGCCGAGGAGACCCAGUCUACUACACACGUUACAGUAGUGUGUUGAGGCUGAAGAUCGUUGAAACUCCAAGGGCAGUUAUAACACAGACACCCAGCUGGCCAGAGCUCUUCAGUGGGGAGAGUCUAAGCCUUGCAUGCGACAUACCGGGACUCCACAGUCCACACUGGCAGUACAGCUGGUACAAGAAUGGCAAGGAAAUAGGCCGUAGUCUAGAACCAGAAUACACCAUCAAUGAUGUCAUGGAGUUCCAUGGUGGGAACUACAGCUGCAGGGGCAUGGACAAAAGCAAUUUACAAACGUCGGAGUUCAGUGAAGCCAUCCGAGUCAUAAUAUCAGAAAAACCCUGUCCAGUUCUCAGAGGACCUGCACAGCCCUGGCUGACUGAAGGAGACUCAGUGACUCUGAGCUGUGAGGUCAGCGGCUCCUCUGCAGGCUGGACAUUCCACUGGUACAAGACUGCCCCCUACAGGCCUGGGUUGUCUUUUGUCUCUCAAGGAAACGGGGGAUAUUAUUUGGAUCUCUUGGACAAUGAAGGCAGCUACUAUACGCUCAAAAAAGUUACUCUGAGGGACUCUGGAGUUUAUGUGUGCAUAGGGAAAAGGGUCCACUACUACUCAUAUUUCAGCUCUCCUCAGCCAGUUUGGGUCACAGUUAUCGUCGAACCCAGCAAAAGUCAAUAUUUUCCAUAUUCCGACCCUCUUUUGGUGAGCUGCGAGGAAUUCGGUCCCCCCUCAGCAGAAUGGAGACUACGCUGGCUCUCAGAGAAGGAGAUGGGUGAGAAAAACGAAUGUCCCUCCCACUGGACAGGUGCGGGCUCCACCUGCAGCACCAGUUCAGCAUCUCCAAAAGACAGUGGAGUUUACUGGUGUCAAUCUGAGUCUGGAGAGCAGAGCAAUCCUAUCAACAUCACUGUGCACCCUGGUAAUGUGAUCCUGGAAAGUCCUGUUCAACCAGUUACACGGGGAGAUCCUCUGACUCUGCGCUGCAGACACCGCCACUGGCCAUCAAACAUCAGUGCUGACUUUUAUAAAGAUGGGCUACUCCUUAAUUACUCCAGCACAGGAGAGAUGACCAUCCCUGCAGUCUCAAAGUCACAUGAGGGCCUCUACAAGUGCAGAAACCCAGAGAAAGGAGAGUCACCAGAGAGCUGGAUCACAGUAACGGUUCGUCCUUCACGGUCCUGUAAGGAAUCCACCCAGCGCGUGUUGUACUGGACUGCUGUGGGCCUGGUGGUCUCCCUGGCCUUGCUCCGACUCUUCAUUUGGCUGUGUUGCUUCAAGAAAUCAAGAGGGCUCGUCACACCAGCACCAGUGAAUGGUCAGCAGAAGCAGCACACGCCCCAGAACCAAGACGGAGGUCAACCUGCAGCAAGCGAUGGCGCCUAUUCAGAAUACUAUAUGACAAUGAAAGAAGCUGUAGAUGACACCCAUGUCUAUGCUAACAUCAACCUGAAUACACAACCUCAGCAAAAACGACAAGAUAAUGAUGUAUUACAAAAGGCGCAAUGGCAUGAAAAUGACGAUUACAAGGCUGUCCUGUCCAAGGAACCAAACUGGACACUCAUGUUCACAAGAGAGACAGUUUCCUUCGCUUGCAGCAUUACAGGAGCUAGCAGUAACUCUUACUAUAAAUGGGACAAGACUGAUAAAGACAGUGGAGCCACCCAAGGAAUGGUUCCCUGGUCAAAACAGCAAGUUUAUAACAUCAGUUAUGUGUCAAAGACAGAUAGUGGGAUCUAUACCUGCUCAGUAGAUGUCUUCGGUGAUGGAAAAUUCACAGAGAGUAACCCAGUCAAUCUCACGGUCAGAGAUCUUCCACCAACGCCAAAAGUGACCAUACUGUCCCCUGAAGCUCCCUACUAUAAGGGUGACAAGAUUACUCUCAGCUGUGACAUAGCAGAGCAAACAACCUGGGCUGGCUAUAAAACCCUACUGAUUGAAUUUGAAUGGAAAAAGGCUCCAAGUUGA